UGUUUGUUUGUUUUAAGUGGUGCUGCUGAAGUCCCUAUAUUAAGACAUACCUUAUAUAUGGUGUCCUUGUUUAACCGGUGUUUGGGUAUAGGUAAUGUCAUCUGCCUUUGAUCUUUCAUCACCCAUCCCAUCCGGUCCACAAAUCUAACAAUCCCUCGUUUUAUGUAGCAUUUAGGCUUUAUUUAUCUUAAAAGAGAACUACAGUUAUGUGUGGGUCUCACUCUGAGUGCUGUACUGGCUGCUGCUGAUAUUGCUCUUACCACAUCCUGGCCACAGUGGAAGAGAUUAAAACAUGGCUUUUAAUUGCAGCGACUUCAUCACUCCUCCUCUCAUGUUUGGCUCCACUGUGCAUAGACUACAUAGAGUCUAACGUUCCAGGGUUAGUUAGAGGGAUGGAAUGUCAAAUAAGGUGAAAAAACCUUUAACAAUAAUAUCUAUUUGAGACUACAGAGGUUUCAUGAAUUGUUGGUGGUGUCCAUCUCCCCUCCAGUGAGGGGAAAUGGCAAGUUAAAUAUUUCAAAAACGAUAAAUGGCAGAUAAGACGUUAAAUGUAAUCUAUGAAAUGUUGGUGGUUUCUGGAUCUUGUUCCCCGAGUGUUUCUACUCUACUUUUACUUAGCACAAAUACAAUUAUUUGUGUACGCACUAUAAAAUGCCAUACAGGACACAUGCAACUCUCUCUUGUAUUGCGUCUUAAUGCAUGUAAUGGAAGAUGUGAAUAGUAAUUCACCAAGACUGACUUUACAACCGCGCCCCCGGCUCAUGCGUCACAGGGAGGAGUUACAGCUGCCAGAACAGUUGGUAGAUAAAGAGCAGAGCCGCAGAUUUGUUGUGUGUUGCCAGCUCAAGGCGCGUAAAAGUCACUCCCGCUUUUGUCGUUUUUUUUUUUGUCAUUUGUCUUUGUUUUUAGGUUAAGGAUAAGUUUAAGUGGAACUCCGUGCGCGCACAAUGGCUGAGAAGAUUGACAUGGAGGAGGCGAAGGCGUCCAACGGAGAGGCGCUCGCCAACGGCUUGAGCAACCCGAAAAUCAGCAGCCCGGAGCCGCUGUCCCAGCGGGUGAAGAGGAUAGUGAAGAACAACCUGCUGGUUAUCCUCACUGUGGCCGGGGUCAUCAUCGGUGUUUUCAUCGGACUCACCGUGCGUAAUGCCACGCUGACCAGGACCCAGAUGAUCUACGUGGGCUUCCCCGGCGAGGUCCUCAUCCGGCUACUGAAGAUGAUCAUAAUCCCGCUGGUUGUGUGCAGUCUGGUGUCCGGGGCCGCCAGCAUCGACCCCAAAGCCCUGGGCAAGCUCGGCGGCUGGGCCAUGCUCUUCUUCCUGGUCACCACAUUGAUCGCCUCGUCCAUUGGUGUCGUGAUGGCGUUCAUCGUGAACCCCGGCGUGGUGGAACUCGGGAAACCAAAAAUCCAGGGUCUGUCCGACGACUUGCCCGCUGCUAAAGACGUGAUAGACUCUUUCCUGGACCUCAUCAGGAACAUCUUUCCCUCCAACCUGGUGUCUGCUGCUUUUCAAUCAUAUGGAACCACCUACAAGUCUAUUACGUCGAAUGGCACAGACGGAAACCUCACAGUGGAGACGGUGCCCUUUCCCUCAGACCAGGAUGGCAUGAAUAUUCUUGGUCUGGUGGUGUUUGCCAUAGUGUUUGGUGUGGCUUUAAGAAAGCUGGGAGAGGAAGGAGAGAUCCUCAUCAGGUUCUUCAACUCCUUCAACGAGGCCACUAUGGUGAUAGUCUCCUGGAUCAUGUGGUAUGCACCUAUUGGUAUCAUGUUCCUUGUAGCUGGAAAGAUUGUUGAGAUGGAGAAUGUAGGAAUGCUGUUUGCCAGUCUGGGAAAAUACAUCGCCUGCUGCAUCAUCGGACAUGCCAUCCAUGGCCUUUUGAUAAUGCCCGCCAUCUACUUUGUCUUCACGAGAAAAAACCCGUACACCUUCCUCUGGGGGAUAUUCACUGCUCUUGCAACAGCUUUUGGAACGAGUUCAAGCUCUGCCACGCUUCCCCUGAUGAUGAAGUGUGUGGAGGAAAACAACGGCGUGUCCAAGCAGAUCAGCCGCUUUAUCCUGCCCAUCGGAGCGACGGUCAACAUGGACGGAGCCGCCCUCUUCCAGUGUGUGGCCGCGGUUUUCAUAGCACAGCUCAACAACGUUUCCCUCAACUUCGUCCAAGUCAUUACCAUCCUCGUGACAGCUACAGCGUCCAGUGUUGGAGCCGCAGGUAUACCUGCUGGUGGUGUGCUGACACUCGCUAUCAUCCUGGAGGCUGUGUCUCUGCCCACCAGUGACAUCUCUCUCAUCCUGGCUGUGGAUUGGCUCGUUGACCGAACUUGCACCGUGCUGAACGUAGAGGGCGAUGCCUUUGGAGCGGGGCUCCUGCAGUUCUUUGUGGAUCGUCAGGCCAAACAGCAGGAAGGAAACGAGCUGAGCGAGGUGCGGUUGGAGGGUGAGCCAUCGGCGGCUGCACCCGAACACUCGCCACUCAUUGAGAAACGAGGUGGGGCGGACAGUGGAAAGCCAACGGCGUCCAGUGAAAAAGAGUCUGUCAUGUAAAAUCGGCCGCUGACAUCAUCACUUUGACACUCCUGAGAACUGAAACCAGAGGUUCAGACCUCCCCCCAUAUUAUUAUUUUUUCCCUCCUGUCCUGAAGGAAAGCGGAAAGACAACAUGCACUGCACAAUGCAAAGAAAAACACAUAUUCUACCCAGUGACUUGGGUUUUUCGUUUCGAGGGACAGGAUUGUGCAUUUCUACUUGCUGUCUUGACUCGCAUUGGUGUUGCGUUCGGUUGGUCCUCAUCACUUUUUCAAGUCAGAAUUUGAGCAUUUGACCACGUGUGCGUCUACCAUGUGUUCAUCAGUGACGCGUGUUGCCAGUGGGAUGUCAAAAGGCUGGACCAGUGACUCCUUACAUGGUGUCAGAUCCAUUUUUUUACAAAUCUUAAGUUGUGUUACAUACAUCUUUAGUAGAAAUUGGGUUACGUGGAUGCAGUUGCCUAUCUGCUGUUACUGCCUGUUCAUUUUUCCUCCCCAUGAAAAGCACGGUCAAUUCUGACUUCAAAAGAUGAUGAGAACGUUUAGUAAGACAGUUUUUAUAUAUCACCCAUCUGGAAUCUCCUUUUUUUUUUCUUUUCUUUUUUUAAACUGUGUUUGUGAGUAACCAGUAAAACACACCACAUAUGAUGUACACGGUAUCAUCAUACUGUAGAUUUAUUAUGAGCAUAUUUUAUGUAUUUUAUGAUACAGGAAUGUGGCCACUCUCCUACAGAUUUUAUCUAAGGCUGUGCAUAAAACUAAAUAUCUCGUAUAUUGUUCACUGAAACAUUAGCUCAGUCUGUAUGAAAGUUGCUGUAGUAAUUUAUGAAAAGUUAUUUCUUUUUUUUUGUGUCUUUCGUUGGGGUUAAAAGCUUUUAUUAGUCUCUUAUUGUGACUUUACUUAUUCCAGGCCAGUGGUUGUACACAAUCGCUUUCUCAUGGUGAGAAAAAGCAAUACACUUCUUAAGAUUAUAUUUAUACGACAAAGCACACCAAAUAUCCUUAAUAGCAUCCCAAAGAUGAAUGUAGGACUCUUUCUUAAGGACUCGCACAAUUUGAUGUCGGAGCAUUUUCUUCUGCUUCUUCACAUGGACAUCAGGCUACAACAGGACCUCAGGUUCACCUCUUGCUUGAAGGCUGUCCUUCAUUUGCUUCUUAAAAUUUAAGGAACCAAAAAAAUCCAGCAGGAACAAGGUUGGUUAAGUUUGGUUUGACACUGUUUUAAGAAGCGUAACCAAAAUGGCGUUAUGCCACCUUGUAUGUUUGUCUUUGAAAUGAUCUGUUCAUAAUAAUUUGUAUUUAUUUCUCAAAUUCCAAAGAUGUUUUUUGAUCGCUGUUGACAAGUUAGUAACUGAAAAAGUUUUUUUUUGCCAACUUUGAGUCUUAUAAUGGCCUGUUUUCCCCUCCAUCUUAUUUUUAAUGUGUGAGUGAGACAAUACUCUGAUUGAUUGUACUUUGGCGUUGGGCAAUUAAAAAAUAUCAAGAUCUCUAAAUUGACCGUAGGUGUGAGUGUGACAGUGAAUGGUGGUUUGUCUCUAUACGUGUCCCUGUGAUGGACUGGUGAUCUGUCCAUCUGUCCUUUUGACCUAUGUCAGCUGAGAUUGGAGACUCAGGUGGAGGAUAAAGCAGUAGAGGAUGGAUGUAUAAAGACACAAGAGAAUGUGUUAUAUGUUGGUUAUGCUCGAGAGAUACUGCAUUUCUAAAUGGUUAAUAGUAAACCUACACUAUUGAUGGUUUGUCUCUUCCAUCCCUGUCGUCUUUCACUGCGUAGAACUGAUGUGAGAUUAAAUCCUACAUGCAGUGAGUUUGUUUUUUUGGAUCAGUUUUAUAUUUUACUAGUAGUAUUAUUUUUCCGUUAUUUCAUUGCAAACCUAAUGUGUCAUUUCUCCCCUCAAGUGUCAUGAGUGCGUUAAGCUUUGCCCAAAAAACAUCUAUUGUGCUCCAGCUUGUUUUUGUUGCGGUUACGGUGCAGGGUUGUAAAGAUGGUCAUUUAAAAUGUUAUCAUUCCUCUUUGAGAUAUUUCACUAUAUGGAUGUAUGUUUUCCGUUCUGUGUGUGUCUUUGUGUGUGUGUGUGUGUGUGUGUGAGAGAGAGCGCAUGGUAGUUGUAAUGAUUUUGUUACAGUGGGGGUUGAAGUCACAUUCUUAAUGUACUGUCUGUAGGUUUUUAACAAUAAAGGCCUUUUAUCGUC